CCGCGGUCCCGCGCCCCUUGUUGCCUUGUUCACCUCAACAAACCUUUCCCCUUCCCGUCCCAACCGCCGACUUGCCUCGCGCCGCCGGCUCGCCGCCGUCCAUCUGGCCGCCCGGGCGUCUUCCUCUUCUGAAUCUGAAGUGGGGAAGAAAAGGAAGAGAGUAAACGAGGCCUGCCGCCUGCGCUGCGCUGCGCCCCAGGUUUGAUCCCAUCGUUCUCCUUGAUUUCCGCUUCGUGUUCUUGCCUCCUCUCGAUCCGCGACCUCAGCCCCUCGCCGAUCUCUCCUAUGUGUUUGGUUCGGAUCUCCGGUAUCUUCCCGUACUGGACUGGAGGAGUAUGCCCUUCUAGCACUUGGAUAUUUGGAUGGAUGAUGUUUAUGGACGUAUAGAGGUCUUCCCACAAUACUUUAUGCCAUCAAAAGAAGCUAUGGAGAGUCCUGAUGGUCUAUCCACAAGUAAGAAUAACCUGGAUACUUCACCAAGUUCACGUGGACGUUCCUGGACUCCUAAACGAGCUAAGGGAGCUGCAUCUCUUUUGCGUUUGUUGUCCAUUCCCCACUUUAGAUGGUCGACAAGCAAUGAAGAUGAAGACAAGAUUGAAUUGUCCAGAGUUGAAGUGGAGUCAUUACGAACUGAAAUAGCGGAUGCCGAGGAAAGAGAAUCCCACUUAAAAGCUCGGUUGGAAAAUAUCGAUGAAGUUUUAAGAUAUGCUCGUCUUUCUGGCUAUCUCUACAUUAGAAGUCGAUGGACCCAACUUCCUGGGGAACCACCUAUUUUAGAUGAUGCUGAUGUGGAUGACUGGCUUCCUCGAUUUGUUGUUCUGCAAGGGCAGUGUGUGUACUAUUAUCUCAAAUCUACAGAUUUGAGCCCACAAGAGUCAACACUGUUGUGUGACAUUGUUGAAGUAGGGCGGCUCCCAAACUUUGUGCCAGAAGAUGAAAAGACAAGAUACGCGUUUUACCUGUUGAGCCGUCAAGGCUUGAAGUUUGAAUGCUCCAGUACCUCCGAAAUUCAGGUUGAUUCAUGGGUGAGAGCACUGAAAAGCGAUUGCAAAUUGCCGGAUGGUGCUGCUGGUGAGGAUGAGACGACGAAGACGAGGAGUAGCCAAGUAGAAGAUGGGUCGUCACGGUGAUCGAUCGGACACGGGUUUCGAUUCCCAGCAAAGGAUGCUCUGCUCGCCGGAUGUAUGUACAUUACAGCAGAGUAUAAUUUGGCUCGUGCUGGUAGCAAAAACCUUUUGUGCUAGUUUCUGUUAAAAAAGUUCCUCCAUUGACCGAGAAUUAGACUGAAUGUGUAUAAAUUACUCCUUGUACAUACAUACAUACAUACAUGUAAAGGAAGCAGCAUAUGUAGAGAGGUGCGACACAGCUGGACAUGGAUGUGUAGAUUUCCUUGCUCAUCAUACGAAAUUCUUUUGGCA